CUUUGGUAUUAACAUAAAACAAUCUGUUUCGUUCCGGUCUAUUAUUUUCUUUAUAUUUAUUUUCGCUUUUUUUUGGAAGUUGGUAUUGAAAAAAAUCUAAAUUUAAGAUUGAUCAAAAAUGAAUUCGUCAAAAGUUUUGGUGAGCAAAAGGACGCUGGCCUUUGGAUUUAGCAACCUGGUAAAGUGUCGUGGAAUGUCGCGUCUAGACGACCUUUACUACAAGCCGGGUUCGAUGAAAGAUCGCACCUUCAGGCGGACUUGGGCGGAACAGCAGGUGGAGCAGCCCGAAGUUGAGGAGCGCUUGGAUGACACCAAAUACAACCCAGGCCGCUGGACAGAGCGCGAGUAUCAGGCCACCUGGCAAGAACCCGUUUAUGAAGAUCCCCAGGAAGAAGUAGAGGACUCCCGAUGCCAACAGGAACCAUCUACUGCCCCUGUGCUACGGCGAUCCUUCGAUCCCAAGGGGCGACUCCAGAGGAUCGCCAUUCCCGCCAGUCAGUUCAUCUCGCAGUUCAUCUCCACCCAAACCAAGAACAAGAGGCGUCACAUGGAAGCUGCCGCAGAUCGAAUGGCUUACGAUGGUUACCAACUGGCCUAAAAUGCCUAGUCAAGUGCUUGCUGAUGACGAGGACACUCUUAAAUUAUUGUAGAUUUAAUUUUCCCUGCUUCAUUUGUUAACUGUUAAAUUUUGGCUUCAAAUCUUAAUGGUUACUUUCUGUUGUACAAUAUACGAAACAAAAACGAAUAAAAAUGG